AAAAGUUUCCGUUGACGGAUUUAAAUGACAGGGGCACACCUCCUGGAGAGAGAGACGCUUUCUGGUCGUCAGGCGGGUUCAUGGAUGGGUUGUAAUUGUCUUGUUUGGAUCCCUGUUGUUGCAGAUGUGUAAAAGGGGAGUUAAACUAUAGUCCAACUCCAGGUAAGAGAAAUUUAAAAUUAAAAUUAUCUGUAAAGUGAUGUCUGUGCUCUCUAAGCCGACCAUGUUAGCAUCAUUUUGCUGUUGUUUUCCUGCUUCAGCAUUUCUCUUCUGUCCCGGGGUCCUGCAAAAACACUCUCCAGUCAUGUACGCGACCAAGGAGGACUCCCUGUCCCCGGACGAGCUGAGGAAGAGGCUCUAUCAAACCUUUAAAAACAAGGGAGUGCUCGAUACACUCAAAACUCAGCUGCGGAAUCAGCUCAUCCAGGAGUUACAACACCGUCCUGUGACCGGAGGACAACCGGUCCCCAGACCAGUGCCCGGGAAAUCCGAGCCUCUCAUGGUCACAGCGUGUAACAGCAUCGUGGCUGAUCACCUGAGCUCUUCGGGGUAUGAGUACAGCCUAUCUGUGUUCUACCCUGAGAGUAGCCUCUGCAAGGAGAAGGUUUUCACUAAAGAGAAUCUUCUCCAACUUCUUAAAAUUAGUCCCGAAUCAUCCCUGUACAGAUCCCUGUCUUCAAAUAAAGACAACAAUGACAAAGGGUUCCUGAUCAACCUUCUAACGCAGCUAACACACCAUUACACUCACGGCCUGUGCCAUGAUGCCGACACGCAGACAACAAGCGUAGCGAGUUACGGAGAGUCUCUUGUCGACAAGAUGAAAAUGAUUGAUAAGGAAUAUGAGAACUUAAGCUGUAGUGGAGACAAAUUGUUUCCACUCCAAUCAAAACUGGCUGCAUACAGAAAAGAAAUCGAAGCACAGCUGCAGGCAGAAAUGAGCACACAGCUUCAACAUUUUAAAGACGUUGAGAUUGCCAAGGUGAAGAUGGAAGAAAAGUCUAAAUUUCAUAAAGAAUUUGAUAAGCUGAAGCAAGAGCUGGACAGGACUUAUGAAAUGAAGACAAAGGCAUUGAUGGAGCGGGAGAAAAAUGCCAUUGAUCGCUUGCAAAAACAACAAGAGAUAGAAGAAAAAAAUGUGUAUAUGCACAGACAAUUGUUACUGAAAGAAAUUGAAACACAACGGAACAGAGAAAAUGAGCUGAGGAUGAGAAUGGAGGCGUUUGAAAAGACUUGUCAAAUUCACGAGGAGAAGGUCAAGGCCACAGAAGAGCUGAUGAGGAGGAGAGAACUGGGCGUGAGGACAAUGGAGGACACGCACGACCAAAGGCUGAAGAAUGAACUCUCCAGGUGUCAGUUUGAAUUAAAAGAAGAAUUCCUCAAGAGAACAGAGAAACUAACGGAGAACGAGAACAGAAACAAAGCGGAAACGGCUCGUAUCCAAAGGGAGUCAGCGGUACUUGAUUCCCAGUUAGAGGAGCACAGUAGAGCCUGUUCAGAGCUGAGACGGCUGCAGGUGGAGCUCGACACAGCACAGCAGCAGAUUCCUCUGCUGACUCAACAGAAGGAGCUGCUGAGAGAGAGAGUGGAGACCAUGAGUGACUACACCAGCCUGAAAAGAGAGAAGGCAGAACUGCAGGGGCAGCUGCGUCCGCUAAAGAACCAGCUGGAUGAGGCCCAAGAGGAGAACCGGCUUCUCCAUGCAGAUUUGAGUAAGCCGUCCAAAGAACAGCUGUCCUUGCAGUUGGAGCUUCUCAGGUUGCAGAGCGCUCGCAGACUGGAUGAGGAAGAGUUCAACAGCCAGAAGCAGGAGCUGCAGGCUCGGCUCCAGAGGGAGGUGGAGCACUGCACUCAGCUCAAGGCUCAGCUGAUUGAGUGCGAGGAGAAGUUGCAGUGGAUUAAAAACCAUGUAGAAGACGUCAAGAUAAAGCUUCGCCAAACACAGCAAGCUCUUGAAAAUGAAGUGCUGUGUAACUCCAAGCUCUCACUUGUCGAUCGCUCAGUGCUGGAGCUCCACGCUGACAAGCUGGUCCCGCCUGACAUCUAUGUGAACAGAGCUCUGCUGAGGGCCAGGGCGGGUUAUGAUGAUAUUUGUGGAGCAGGUGGGCCCCUGCGAAGACUUAAGUCUCCCCGGAGUGACUCUCCAGACUCUGACAUGGAGCUGGUGGCUGAAGCCAAGGCUCGCAUCCAGGAGCUGCAGAGGGAGGAAACCUUGGAGGAAGCCUACAGGAACUACCAGCAGAGGGCAGUGCUCUCCACCAUCUCUCAUAUGCUUCCCCUGAGACCCCUCUCCCCACAACAACCACAUCCUUCACAUCGUCCCAGCUCUCCUCCAAGGAGACAGGUCUCUCACCAUUCUUACGCCCGCUCCCCCCACAAAUCAAAGGUUUCACACAGACCGUCGUCUCCCCAAAGUUUACAAACACCCUCCUCUUCAGCGUAUGACACCAGAAACACCUUACCACCUGCACAGCCAAGAGUGACCUUCUUAGAAGCCCACAACCAACCCCAGUCCACAGUUUUCACUGAGCACAGUCUCCAUUCAUUGACGGAACCUGUGUUUCUAAGUGAUGGACACCGUCAGGAUGAAAUCUCUGCUCCAACCAGACGUCUGUCCUCCACACCACACUCCCCCUCCAGGAAAAAGCUUCAAAGAGAAACUGUAGAAGAGCCAGUUGUGUCUCCGGUGCCGUUCCCAGAGCUGUCGUCUGACAGGCAGCUCCCUCUCGCCCCCCGCGAGGAGGGGGUGACCUCAGGUGACUCUUCCUCCGAGUUCAGUUCACCUCGCAGCCCUCAGCUGAAGAGCACAGCACGAGACCAGCCCAGUCCACCACAGAUGCAGCCGGUCCUCACCAGCUCGGACUCGUCCCCACAACCUGACAGAAUAAGCCUUGAAGACCUGACGGGGAUUUUGUCAGAGCCCGGCCACAUUCCAGAGCUUCUCCUGGACACUGCCGUCCCUCUCACUGAGGAGGCCCCUGAUGGCCCCGCUGUCCCCCGCCCACGGGACCUCCCAGAAGACCCGAUGGACUCGCAGGGCCCUGCGGAAGUCCCACAAACCGCAGGUGAUUCUGCGAGGGAAGAAGAAGAUGACGAGGCUGAGGAGCAGAGGUGGGAAAGAGAGCGAAAAGAAAGACAAGAGCGAAGGCAAAGGGAGCAAGAGGAAGCACGAUGGAGGGAGCUGCAUGAACUUGAAAGACUAGAGAAAGAGACGGUCAUGCAAGAGGAGGAGCAUCCAGGACAGGAAGAGGAAGAAGAAGAAAGAGGGAAUAAGACGGAAGGAGAUGAAGAGCAGGAGGAUGAUGUAGAGGAGCCUGAAGGUGAAAAUCCACUGGAGAAGUACAUGAAAAUGGUCCUGGAGGCCAGAGAGAAGCAGCCCACACAGAGCUCUGGAAGAGAAGAAGCCGGACACACAAGCCCAGAGGCCAAGAGUCUGUUUGAGGACAAAGAAGACAGCAUCGCAGCAUUUUCUCACAAGGAUGAGGACGAUGAGUUCUGGUGAGCUGGACUUCCCGGACUGCAAACAUGAACUCAUAGUCAUAAACUGAUGAAUCAUACAAGCCUUUCUACUCUUGUUUUAAGUGUGAUCUUUAUUUUUUUGUUUAAUAUCCAUCGGAUACUUUUUUACAUUGACUGAAUAUGUAUGAAUAAAUCCUGAUCUACAUUUUAA